AGGAAACAGCACGUUUAAUGCACACAGGAGCCCUCAUUUAUGCUCUCCAACCCCCCCAACCUCUCCCCCACCCUCCCCCUCUCUCAUGGGAAGCUGUUGUAGCAAAGGGAGGAAGAAGGGACGUCACGGCGGAGAAAAUGACCAGGAGUUCGAAGUGUUCAGGUUCCAGGACUGCGCUGAUCAGGACGCGGAGGACGGCGCGCGUGUGGGCGAGGGAGGAGCGCGUGUGAGGUUGCGAGGGUCGUCGAGCUGCUCUUCUAUGUUUUCGCAACAAGGAUGGAAGGGGGUCAACCAGGACGCAAUGACCAUCUGGGAGGACUUUGGUGGAGCCAGUGACACUACCUUCUGUGGUGUAUUCGACGGGCAUGGACCUUAUGGCCACAGGGUUGCUUGUUACAUUCGCGAUAAUCUACCAUCAAAACUCUCUUCAAGAUUAAACUCGUUGCAAACGAUACUAGACGAUGAUAAUCAUGUCGAACCCAACGAUGACAAUGCUGAUACAAGUGAAUUCUCUUCAUGGAAGUCUACGUUUACCAAAGCCUUUGAGGAAUUGGAUAAGGAGCUCAGCAACCAUGCCACCAUUGACUGUAUUUGCAGUGGAACCACGGCUGUGUCAAUUGUUAAACAGAGAGAACACCUGAUGAUCGCAAAUUUAGGAGAUUCACGGGCUAUCCUUUGCACCCGAGACAAUACUAACCAACUUGUUCCAGUCCAACUCACGGUUGAUCUAAAGCCAAAUCUGCCAAGCGAAGAAGAAAGGAUUACAAGUUGCAGGGGCAGAGUGUUUGCUCUAGAUGAAGAGCCAGACGUUCAUAGGAUUUGGCUUCCUGAUGAAGACUGCCCAGGACUUGCAAUGGCAAGAGCUUUCGGAGAUUUCUGCCUCAAAGAUUUCGGUCUCAUAUCAACACCGCAGGUCUCAUAUAGAAAGAUUUCAGAAAAGGAUGAGUUUUUGGUCCUUGCAACUGAUGGAGUAUGGGAUGUACUUUCAAACGAGGAUGUCAUCAGGAUCAUCUCCUCAGCCACCAAACGCUCCGACGCAGCAAAGCAAGUAGUACAACAAGCAGUUAAAUCCUGGAGAUCGAAACAUCCAACCUCCAAGGUCGACGACUGUGCAGUAAUAUGCCUGUUCUUGAAGUCUCCGCUGCUAUCAGCAAAGUCUUCGUUCACUACCCGCUUCUUGAGUUCACAGACCAGCGAGCUCUCGUUCACUGAAAGCUUCAAGACAGCGAAGAGCGAGGAUCUCUGUGAUGAGACCGAGGACAUCAAACAGGAGACUAAGGAGCUUUGGACUGCUCUUGAGGGUGUCAGCAGAGCGAACUCGUUGAUGAAGAUACCGAGGUUUGCGAGUUUGCCUAGUGUUUUGAGCUGGAGGAAGAAAUCAGUGAAAGUAUUGGAAGAGAUUGAGUGAGGAUUGACUUGUUGUGGGAUUUGAUCAAGAGGAAAUGUUUGAGGUAAAAAUUUGUAACUGAAAGAAUAAAACCGAAAAUUGCAAGAAGAUGCAAUCAUUUAUGUGGCUCAGGUUUCGAUUUUAUCCAAAUUGUGUUCCGUUGCAAGAAAAAAUCUGCAUAUAGAGUUUGUUAGGAGUAUGAUGCCAGAUGUUAUUAAUGAUCAACGUUAUUGUGACAUACAUUGUUAGUUCGAAACUCAAAAGGGUUGAGCA